AUGAGAAGGAAGAAAAGGGAAGGAGGAGGAAAAGUUGAGAGACCAAUAAAAUUACUCGAAGAAACUUAUUUCGGCGUAGAAAUGCGUGGCAUGGGAGGAAAGAUUUUGGGGCCAAAGGGAAUGCUAAUCUUGCUCCUCUUGCCGCCUAAGAAGCUUAAACUAUUUCCUGACCUUGCAAGAAUCCAAUGUGAUGAGUUGGUCCAUGCCGAUCCCUAUGAAGUUAUGGGGCAACUCUACAGGCAGCAGCUGUCUUGCCACGCAUUUCUCAUGAAAACCAACAGCAGCAGCUGUUGUGGCCAACGAGGCCCUGAGAGCCCAUGA